GUUCAAUUCCAACAUACGCGGAAUUGAAGUGAAAGAUCUCAUAGGUGAAAUUGAUACGGUAACGAGAGACUGUAUAGUUUACGAUAUCGGUGUUAAUCGUUUUGGAUGAAAAACAAAAUGGCCGUCCCUUGGGCCCUUUUUUUAAUUGGAAUUGUGUCAGCUGCAGUUGAAAACUGUCAUGGAGCACAAUACUUCGGAAAACUGAUAGGAAAACUUUCUGAAUUACAUCACGGCGUGUCUGGCGAAGUUUACGCCGUUGAUGCGAGGACAUUGUUUAUUAAAGAUUUCACAUAUGACGGACAAGGACCUGCUGCCUACUUUUACGCUAGUGUGCAUAAAACAGCUGACAAAAACGGCUUCCGUUUAAGAGACGAAACCGGAAGUGGCGCAGUCAUAAGAAGAUAUCGAAAAGAGGGAAUCGCUCUCACGCUGCCGGAAGGAAAAACCAUACACAACAUUAAGAUAUUCUAUUUGUGGUGCGAAGAAUUCGACGUCAAUUUCGGAGAUGUUAAAAUCCCCAGAAAUUUCGAUUAUCCACGGCCGCAGAAAAUUGAUCCACUCACAGGUGUUCAUGCUGUCUCAUCAGACAAUGUUGUCAUCGUUGAUGCUCAAACUUUAUUGAUACCCAAUUUUUCUUAUGACGGAGAAGCGCCAGAUGCCAAAUUUUGGGUAGGAAAAGGUAGUCGACCGACACCCCAAGGAUAUCGUGUACCAGAUGAAAACGGCAAAGAAAGUCCGCUAAGAAAAUAUGAUAGAAAAACUAUAGUACUGACUCUGCCAGGGGAUUUAACAGUCUUCGAUAUCGGUCAUUUUGGUGUAUGGUGUGAAGAGUUUACCGUUGAUUUUGGCCAUAUAUUGAUACCACAGAUUCUUAAUAUUCCACCAUCUUUAAAAAUGCUCGGUAUCAGUCCACAGAAGCUACAGCAGACAGAUGAUUCAAAAUCACCCAGACCAACAGUGUCGCACUCGAGACCAUUUGUCGGGGGACACUUGCAGGCUACCACGUACCGUCCACCAUUACUGUCUUUCUUUGGAAUCGGAAGAAGAAACGAUAACAACCAUCAAAGUACUGUAAAUCAUGUUCCUGGACAAUUGGAAAAUAUACCAUUGAAACAAAACCAUCAAUUGAAUAAUGAAGAAUUAAUAAAAGCACAGUAUCAACCGCUGAACUUUCAAUUAAUACAUCAGAAUCAUCAAAACCAAAUUAAUAAUCAGCAACAGAUUCAAAGCCCGUUCAUUAAUCAAAAUAGUCAGUUUCAACAGACUUAUCAACAACAUAGAUUUAAUCAGCCACAACAUUCACAGUACCAACAACUAAAACCAUAUAAUAAUUAUAAUGGACGAAAUAUUGAUAUCCAGAAAUCCAUUUCUCAUCAAAUAGUACCCAAUCAAGUAUAUCAAGUACAACAAGCUGCCCAAUAUAGCAAUCCACAGAUAAAUUUCCAGCAGUAUUUGAGAAACGGCAGGCAGUACGAUGAACAAUUUGUUUAUGACCGUAUAUUACAAGAGAAAAGGUUGCGUGACGAACAACAGCUACAAGCACAAUUAGACAGACAGUAUAAUAGAUUUCAAUUUAAUGGUUAUAAUCAGUUAGGUUAGACAUCGCGGUUCUGUACAACCAUAAUUUUUAUGUAUUUUUUCUGAGUUUUAAGUAAAAAACCAUUUGAUUAUAUUAUUAUGGUUUCAAGGACCAUGUUAUCAUACACUUGGGUGCAUGGGAAUCGGCCCACUGUGACCUUUUUUAAUUAUUCAUUAGUUGAAAAAAUAUUUUGUUUGAGAGCCAAUCUAAUAUGCUUUAAUGUGAGCUUAAACUUCCCACGUUAACACAAUGAAAUUAAUUAAAACCUAAUAUUUAAUUUCUUAAAUAAUGAGUAUGACUUUCUCUUGCCCUUUCACAGACGAUAAGGCACAGUUCUAAUCAAGUUACCCAUUGUUUCUUGUGGGAUGUUGAACCAAACUUUUACUACUGCUACAAUAAGUUCUGAGAUCGAUUUUGGGGCUAUGAAGUCUAUCUCGAAUUCUUCUUUUUAGCUUAUCCCAUGAAUGUUCUAUCGACUGUAUGCUGGCCACACAAUAACGCGAAAACCGUCUGCUGCAAUGUAAUCUGGCGAAUGUAGCCUUGCGUUGUCAAGCAUAAAGGUAAAUACGUGUCCAAUGUACUCGACGUAAGGAUACCACAUGAAUUGCUAAAAUCUCCUCGAUCUAUCUAUCAGCCGUUAAACCUCUUCUUGUGUGAACACUAAUAAACACGAUCAGUCCGUGCUCCUAUAGAGGUUGCACCUCAGAUCUUGCGGGAACCACAUAAGCACACCUCUCUUCAAAGCAACUAUCUGCGAAUCGAUCUCUUGAUCUUCGGUAAGCUUUUCGUCUUCGGUUGUUACCAUGAAGGCAUAUAUACAUGAAUUUUCCUUAUUUUUUUAUCCCUAAAUGUAUUAAAAUAGAAAAAAUCUGAUGGUUCUAUUUAAAAAAAUAAAGAAAUAUGAUAUUUAAGAAUUUAAACUUUGAACACUCUUUAUACACACCCUGUAUAAAAUGAAACAUUUUUCAACAUGAUCUGACCUUGCUAAAAGCAACCGAAUAGAAACCAUUCUCAUAUCUUUAAGGGUAUUCUCGUAAAAAAAUAAUUUAUAAGGGUCUGUAAGGGUCAAAUUUUCUCAAAAAAAUCAAUAAAUCAAAAAGUAUGUAUUUUUCGAUAAAAGUUUUCAGAUAAAGUAUACUAAAAUUUUAAGUUUUAAAAAUAUAUUAAUAUAUAGGGUGAUCUAUCUAAUUUUUAUGAUUUUACUAUAUGUAUUUUGCCAUAUACAAAUAGUUUUAACUCGUCCUAGGACACCCUGUAUAGUAUGCUACACUACCAUAAAAUCGAUUUGUCUACAAAACUUUUCAAUCAAAAUUUAUUGAAAUGAUGAAAUUAGCUUCCAUAUAAAUCGAUUGGUUCUUUACUAAAAACUCAUUUAGUAUAAUACAAAUAUAUUUAUUUUGUAUAGUUAUAAAAGCAAAUAUUGAAAGUCAGUUUUUUGAGCUGUACCUAAUUUAAUUCUAUUUAUAUGGUCAUAAAUGUAGAAUUUUACAGCUAAUUCAAAAAAGGUUCCAUGCUACUAUUUAUGUCAAUUAAUAACUAACUUCCCCUUAACCAAUUAACUUGAAAUUUUGUAUGUUCACUUACUACCGAUGACGAUACAAAAUACCAUUUCAAAAUCUACGAUUAAAUCAACCCUAUAAGUAUUCUAUAAAAAGUACCUUUACGGAUCCGCACCGUGCGGAUAACUCGAAUCCCCUCAUCAGCAAGCCCAACGUCGUUGCUCCGAGAGACUUCCUCGAUGUGAUUCUCCAUAUUCUGAUAUGUUUUUGGAAAUAUUCGCUUUCUAUAUAUUCCUGCAUUUUCUUUCUCUUCUGAGAACACACAGACAGUUACGAAUGCGAUUAAUGCCGCAUUUUGAAAAAUUUAUCCAUUUGUUACGAUGCAAAAUCAUAGACGCUGAGAUUAAAGCCUCGAUUUCCCUCACAACUGCCCGUCGUCGACGACUACAACCCUAAGGCCGCCGUUAUACAUCCAGGCGACAAGUGUCAGACAGCAGACGAUGGGAGUUUAAGUGAUUGAGGCGAUAACUACUGCUUAAGGAUGAAAUAUUUAUCGUUUGGGCGUGGUGUUUAUCAAGAUGUCGUAUAGAAAGCGUCAAGCAAUUUUAUUCUUGGACAGAAGAAAAAAUAAAAAGUGUAAUAUCCACCGUAUCAAAAAGUAUCAUCUCUAUCGGGAUAUUAGAAGCCGCACUAAAAGGUUUUUCCAAUUUAUACGGACGUCUAUUGGAAGCUUUGAUAUCAUUUUAUCAAAAAUCAAAAGAAAUCUAGAGCGAAAAAGAACCUGCAAGAUGCCAAGGUUUUCUGUAAGGAAAAAUAAAGAUAAGCUUUAAUUAAGUAACUAGAAAAUGAAAUGAAAAAAAUUAAUAAACCAGAAAGAUUAUUUGGAUUGUUGUGCCCAGAAAUAUAUUGCAUUUGCUCGUGCUUUCCAAAAGCAUCGUUGUCUUCUUUGUGCAAAAUUUUUCUACAAUAAAGAUUUUUUCUUAAAGUCUAACAGAAUAUUGCGUAGUUGUGGUAUGGAAUUAAACGUACUUUUCAUUAUCACAAAGGUUUCAUUUUAUGAAAAGCGUGGUUACAUCCUGACAGUACAAAAACGUCAGAUGCUACAUACUUAAAAAAAAACAAUUUGGCUGCGUUCUAUUUCACUACCCUUGGGACGCAAUCCCAUCUUCAUUACACAAUACAAACGUGUAGUAUUGCCCUCAAUUAAAUUAUCAGCAAUCAUUUUCUCGCCUUUAAUAUAACAAAACUGUAUCUUCAAAUUAUUAACAUGAUCUUUGAGAAAAUGAUAACGAAUGUCAAUAUGUCUUGACCUAGGUAAGUAGCAAUCAUUAUUGGACAAUUAUUGCACUCUGCUUAUCACUAAAUAUGACGAAUGAAUUGCUCUGUCCUUGGUCGAGUUCAGCAUGUAGUUAUUGGAGACACAGCGCCUCCUGCGCCGCUGAUGACAUCGACAUUUAUUCAGCUUUAGUUGUAGAUAGUGCCACAGUCUGCUGCUUGUGUGACCGCCAAGAUAUACCAAAAAAAUGUAACCCGUGCACGAUUUCCUAUCACGCACAUCGCUCGCCCAAUCAGUAUCAAAAUCCGGUGAUUUUCUCAUUAGCUUAUUAGGUAUAUACCAACCUCAAGUCUUUGGUAUUCUACAGAUAUCUAAAAAUUCUUUUUAUCGCUGUCCAAUGGGUAGCUGUAGGUUUUUUGUUGAAUCUGCUCAGUGUAUUUACUGCAAAUGAUAUAUCCGGCCAGGUACUUUCAGCCACAAACCAGAAAUUGUUUCAUCUGACGUUUUACCACUAAAUUUCAUUCCAGCUUCAAAUGGAGUUUUCACAUAUUUACAAUCCGACAUUACCUUGUCCCCUUCUCUGGUAAUAUGUAGACCAGCACAUUGGAUUUUGGGUCCAUAAUCUUUCAUUUAAAAGCGUUCUUUUAGUUUUUCUUUGGAUAGAAUCUUUGUAUUUUGAGUUCAAUUAAACUUUCCAGAGUCGGCUGGCCUGCUUGAACCCAUAUAUACACUUGUGUAGAUUGCAUACCUGAAAUCCCAGUUUAUAUUCUUCUGGCUUUUGCAUGUAAAUGUCUCCAAUUCCAAUCCAUAUCUGACUGCUAAAGCAGAUAAUGUGUACCUGACAACUGGUGGGUAUAUUUCUUCGUAGUCUGUGCCCCAUCUUUGUCCAUAACCUAGCCUAGCCUUGUAUCUCAGAACAUUUUCACUCAGGUCUGUUUUUGUCUUAAACAACCACCCAGAGAAAUCUGUCAAAGUCCAUGUUUUAUUUUUCAUCAAGGAAAUAUAUUCCUCGUCCAUUGUUCUCUUCCAUUCAGUAGCUUGUGGUGAUGUAAGUGCUUCUUCUACAGUCUGUGGAUCUGUUAAAGCUGUAAGCAAACCCAGUAGGCCAUUUUGUGUCUCAUUUUGUUUAUUCUGAGAUCGUGUUGACCUCAAGGUUACAUUACUAUUAUAAUCUUGUCUUACUGGACAUGAGGAAUGAUAAGUUUCAUCAAGUUCUCCAGUGUCAGUGUCAUACUCACUUGAGUCUUCACUAUUACCUGUUUGGGUCUCUACUGGACAUCACAGGUGCAGAUGUGGUCCACUCCUGAGUGUGUAUUUUCUGGCUGCUCGAGUUUGUGCUUUCUAUAGAGCCGGAACUUGCAGCAGCUGAUUGGUUAUCUUUUACUGGAACAUAAGUUUUACAAUCGAUUGGUACACUGACAUUUUCAGUGAACUUUCCAUAAAAGAAGCAUCUCUACUUUCCACACCUUUGUGUGACUUAGGAUCCAUAAAGCGAUAUCCUUUUGUAUUUUCGCAAAUAUCAUUUUUACCGACUUUUAUCCCACUUUUGGCGUUUUUCUUUGUGCGGUUUCUCACCUUUCCAAAUUUCAUAUGGGGUUUUACCUUGUAAUGCCUUUUUCAGAAUAUAUGUAGCGGUUGCCAAAACUUUUCCACGUUGGCAUAGAACAGCAAGCGCCUUGCUUGUUCUACUAGAGUCCCAUUUAAUCUUUCGGUCAUGCCAUUUUGUUAGGGAGUGUAAGGAGUAGAGGUCUGAUAAAUUAUACCAUGAUUCUAUAAUAUUGUUGUAGUAUUCUCUACUAUUAUCUGUGCGAACCUUUUUUAUCUUGUGAUUCAAUUCAUUCUCUACUUUCAACGUGAAAUCUUUAAAUGUCUCUAAAAUAUUCAACUUGUCUUUGAGAAAAUAUACAUGAACCAUACGUGUGAUCGUGUGAAGUCAUCAAUGUGAGUAAUAAAGUAUUUCAUACCUCCAAAUGAUAUAAUUCCCAUAGGGCCACACUAGUCGGAAUGUAUGAGCUCUAAUCAAUGGUUCAAUAAACGCUAACAAAGUCAUUGAAGGACGUCAUUCAGCAUUAUUAUCAACUGCUGAAGUGUGUUAUCUAGAAACAAUGUAAAACAUAAAACAGGUGACGUCGCCUGUUAACUAUCAUCUGAGGUAUAACGCCGGUGUAAUGGUUUCAUGACUUUCUUAACAUAACAGCAUCUUUUUGAUAUAAAGCCACGAGUCCAUAAAUAUUAUAUAGCCUUUAAAACAGCCAACAAAUCCAAUGAACUUCUAAAGUUUUUGUCUGUUAAUAAUUUUUUCGAAAAGUCAAUUUUUAUAGAAGUAGGAUAUUUUUUUCAUUAUCCUUCUCUGGUUGUUCUUAAUGUAUAGAAACAGACCACUAACAAGCUUUUUAAGAAUAAUAAUAAAAAAAGUCGUUUUCUCUAAAAACUAGCGUUUCGAAAAAGUGCUAAGAGACAAAUUUUAAAAAUGACGUAUUAAAUUAAUACUGAUUUAUUUAUAAUGUACACAUUAGUUUGAGUGGUUUUGCGGAUUUCAAACGUGUAUUGUAAAUUUGUAUGAAAAAGAUUAAUGUUUAUUUCAUUUUGUUAACCCAAGAAUUAACCGGUCAAA